UCCUAGUGUUCUCGCACCUGGCCCUGCGAAAUAUGCCAAAUAAGAGGAGGGUAUGCAUUUCUCGUCCAAGUCCCGAUCGAGGGAGCUUGAGCACAACACCUACAGGAACUCGUACGAAAUCGUCACAGAAUCGAAUGACUUAUCUGAGCCAAGCUACUGGUGGGAUAAAAAUGUAUGACGCUCGUGGAAGCGCAUCUGACAUGGCUCGCCGUGUGGAUGUCCCAGUCCCGGGAGAUAGUGGUGCUAAGCCUGGCUCAUCCACUACGUGCCCUGAAGAUGUUACUGCUCAUGGGGAAUGGUAUGAGAAUAGAAAUAAUGGGAACAGCACUCUCCCAUCCGACAUUGGCGACAAUGCAGGCUGGGUAACCCCCAUCUAGCGCAAUCGCACUCCCGGACUCGUGUAUGCCUGCAGACACCUCGACUGGGAAUCCUACGGCAGAUCCAUGGUACUUAAUGCCGUGGGCUAUGGAACCAAGCUCGUGGGAGACAUUGCCCGCAUCUU